AUGCGCAUUAUAUCAUCUACAUGGUGCGUGCUGCUGCUGCUGCUGCUAGCGAUUGCGGUAACCGCGUCGCAUGAGCCACGCUUCCACGUGCGUCCGCCCAGCAAUUGGAUCAACGACCCCAACGGGCCUUACCGUGACCCCAUCACAAAACAGAUGCACCUGUACAUGCAGUACAACCCGUACGGCGCGGUGUGGGGCAAUAUGAGUUGGUACCACUUCACCUCGAUGGACUAUGUGAAGUGGCGAGAUCAAGGUGUUGCAAUGAGGAAUGACGAGGAAUACGAUCUGUGGGGAGCCUAUACUGGAUCGAUCACGUACAACCCUGAUGGGACACCCGUGAUGAUGUACACGUGCACUGCGGUUGAGAACAUCCAGCGCCAGUGCCUUGCUUUACCACCACCGGAAGACAUUGCCAAGAAUGGCCCACGCUCACUCAACACGUUUGUGAAGGUGGACGCGAAUCCCGUGCUAACGGAGGAUGACAUGCCCGAUCUGUACGACAACUUCAACUACCGCGACCCCACGAACUUCUGGGAGAACCCUGAUAACAGCUCUGAGUGGCUGUUCGCGCUUGCUGUUCGCACAAGGAAGGACGACCGUGGCCACAUUGUGGUAUUCUCCACUGGCGACCCCACGUGGCGUUCAGGUUUCAAGUACUCGCACUCGAUUUGGCACGAAGAAUUUGACUCAUACCACAUGAUGGAGUGCCCGGAUAUCUUUAAGGUUGGCUCGGAUUACGUUUUGAAGGUAUCGACCAUGGUGAGCCAACAGGAUAUGUGGGUGUAUGGUAACUAUGGUGCGAAGAACAAUGAAAAUAAGACAAUCUACCUCGAGGACUCCGAACGUACCCCGACGUACAUGGACUACGGUCGCUUCUACGCAGCGAAGCACAACUUUGACCCUGUGCUGAAGCGCGCAGUGUUGUGGGGCUGGCUCGUGGAGGAAGACACAGAAGAGGCAAUGAGGGCUCGUGGGUGGUCUGGAAUGAUGGACCUUCCGCGCUAUGUUGAGUACGACGAGAAGGCGAAGAAGAUGAAGAGCUUUCCGAUGCCUCAACUUGAACAGCUGCGUCUGAAGCCGCUUCUGAAAAACAAAGCCGUUAAAAUUGGUGCGAACGACCGUACCGCGCUUGUGGGGGAUGCCGGGCGGUACUACGAGCUUGUUGUUGACUUCACUCUCCCUGAAGGGGCGUUCAAGUCUGGAACAUAUGAGGCUGGAAAGGAACCCUCGUUUGGUGUGGACCUGCUGUCGUCCGCUGAUCACAGCUCCUACACACGUAUUGCGGUGGCGAUGCCUGGCACACUUGAUAGCAAGAUGCACGACCAGACUGGACGGCACUACACCUCUGUGGAAGUCAAUGAGAGUGACAUGUGCAAGAAGAAGUGUGAGACAGAGCGUCGUUGCGUGGCGUGGACGGCUGUGAAGAUCCCUAAUAAGAACACGUCCCGCUGCUCUGUUAUGAGCACGUUUGGCGAGGCCCGCGCUGCCAAUGAGUCGGCCGUCACGGGACGCAUCAGCGAGCCUGUGAUUUUGCUGGACCGUACCCACUCUGGGACGACCGGCUCGAAGGAAAUCUGGGUUGGCCGUGCACCGCUGUGGAACGGGAACAAGGUCCAGCUGCGAGUUUUCCUUGAUGACACGGCAGUGCAGGUCUUCAAGGACGGCGGUCUGGAGUCGCUCUCGGGACGCGUCUACGUGGACCACAAAAAGUUGACUGAUUUGUCGUUGUUCUCAGCUAACAUUGCUGAAACCGUCGAGGCCGUUGUAUCGCUCUACCCCAUGGACACCGUGAUAAUCGCCGAUACGGAGAAGCCCUCUCCGGGCGACGGGAGCAGCAAGAUCUGCCUGCUCGCACUGGCACACCUUCUUGUUGCACAGCUGGUGUUGUACUUCCUGCUGUAG